UAUUAUCGUGUAGCUCCUUAUUAACGUGAAUUAUAAAAAAAAACAUAAACGUCUUUAAAAUCAAUUGCUAUGCUUCUCGUGAGCCAAAAUUUAGAUACUCUCAAGAUUUCUCUGGAUACGUGUUGGACUAGCUAUGAAAUCCUUAUCAUUGUGCGUGUACUUGUACGUUCUACUUAAUCUGGCGCUUCCAGAUAUAAUUUACGGUGAUCAGCGUGCAUCCUGCAUUAGCUGUUUCUGUAAGAAUGGCAGAUCAAGAUGUGCGCUGGGGACCGGCAAUUGCGUGUGCAAACACGGACAGGUGUACUUGAACAACAAAGGACGUUGCAUCGUCCACGCUGAGGACUGCGGCCUGCAUCUCAAUAGAACGAAUUCCAAGCCGGGCUGUUUUUCUUGCUGGUGUUCACGUGGCAGUGAUCACUGCGAAUUGACAGGCAGCGACUGCACGUGCCGAGACGGAAGCGUAUACCUCACCGCCAGUGGUAAUCAGUGUGUUCGUGACAUUAAUGUGUGCUGGCCGCCUUAUUCCAGCACAAGAACUUGCGCUAAAUGCACCUGUCCCCAUGGCUUAAGUACGUGCGGUAGCCCCUGGAGCAGGUGCCACUGCAUGAAUGGGAAGUACUACAUGCCUGAUUCCGAUGAAUGCGUCCGAAAUGAGGAGGACUGUAUUUUCUCCAGCCCCACGAGAGCUUGCGCUGAAUGCAGCUGUCCCGAUGGCUCAAGGGUGUGCGGUGCCCCUGGGAACAAGUGCGACUGCGUCAAUGGGAGGUACUACAGGCGUGGUUCCGGUGAAUGUGUCGAAAAUGACUCGGACUGUAUUUCAGCCAGCCCCACGAGCACUUGCGCCCAAUGCACCUGUCCGCCGGGCGAGAAGAAGUGCAAUAGUCUCGGCAACAAGUGCGAUUGUAUCAACGGGAAAUACUACAUGCCUGGUUCCGACGAAUGUGUCCAAAAUAAAGAGGACUGUAUUUUCGGCAGCCCGGCGAGCACAUGCGCCCAAUGCACCUGUCCGCCCGGCGAGAAGAAGUGCAAUAGUCUCGGCAACAAGUGCGAUUGUAUCGACGGGAAAUACUACAUGCCUGGUUCCGACGAAUGUGUCCAAAAUAAAGAGGACUGUAUUUUCGGCAACCCGGUGAGCACUUGCGCCCAAUGCACCUGUCCGCCCGGCGAGAAGAAGUGCAAUAGUCUCGGCAACAAGUGCGAUUGUAUCGACGGGAAAUACUACAUGCCUGGUUCCGACGAAUGUGUCCAAAAUAAAGAAGACUGUAUUUUCGGCAACCCGUUGAGCACUUGCGCCCAAUGCACCUGUCCGCCCGGCGAGAAGAAGUGCAAUAGUCUCGGCAACAAGUGCGAUUGUAUCGAUGGGAAAUACUACAUGCCUGGUUCCGAGGAAUGUGUCCAAAAUGAAGAGGACUGUAUUUUCGGCAACCCGGUGAGUGCUUGCGCUCCAUGCGUAUGUCCGCACGGCGCUCCAAAGUGCCACUUGCUCGGCAACAAAUGUACCUGCAUCAACGGAGAGUACUACCUUCCUGGGUCCGACCAAUGCGUCCAAAAUAAGAAGGACUGCAUGUUCUCCAACCCCAUCAUCAAUGGCUGCGCCAAGUGCAGGUGUCCAGGCGGUGCUAGACUGUGCACCCAGCCGCAUAUAAGGUGCGGGUGCGUCAAUGGGAAUUACUACUUGCCUGGUUCCAACCAAUGCGUGCGAGAUCCUAAAGAUUGUCAAUACGGCAGCUCAACAAGCAAUUGCGCCCAAUGCACCUGUCCGCCCGGCGAGAAGAAGUGCAAUAGUCUCGGCAACAAGUGCGAUUGUAUCGACGGGAAAUACUACAUGCCUGGUUCCGACGAAUGUGUCCAAAAUAAAGAGGACUGUAUUUUCGGCAGCCCGGCGAGCACUUGCGCCCAAUGCACCUGUCCGCCCGGCGAGAAGAAGUGCAAUCGUCUCGGCAACAAGUGCGAUUGUAUCGAUGGGAAAUACUACAUGCCUGGUUCCGACGAAUGUGUCCAAAAUGAAAAGGACUGUAUUUUCGGCAGCCCGGCGAGUGUUUGCGCUCCAUGCGUAUGUCCGCGCGGCGCUGCAAAGUGCCACUUGCUCGGCAACAAAUGCAACUGCAUCAACGGGGAGUACUACCUUCCUGGGUCCGACCAAUGCGUCCGAAAUACGAUGGACUGCAUGUUCUCCAACCCCAUCAUCACUGGCUGCGCCAAGUGCAGGUGUGCAGGCGGUGGUAGAAUGUGCAUCUGGCCGGACAGCAAGUGCGAGUGCAACAAUGGGAGGUACUACUUGCCUGGUUCCAAGCAAUGCGUGCGAGAUCCUAAAGAUUGUCAAUACGGCAGCUCAACAAGCACUUGCGCUCAAUGCACGUGUCCACCCGGCGAGAAAAAGUGCAAUCGUCUCGGCAACAGGUGCGAUUGUAUCGAUGGGAAAUACUACAUGCCUGGUUCCGACGAAUGUGUCCAAAAUGAAGAGGACUGUAGUUUCCUUAGCCCCGCGAGUGCUUGCGCUCCAUGCGUAUGUCCGCACGGCGCUGCAAAGUGCCACUUGCUCGGCAGCAAAUGUGAAUGCAUCAACGGGGAGUACUACCUUCCUGGGUCCGACCAAUGCGUCCGAAAUAAGAAGGACUGCGUGUUCUCCAACCCCAUCAUCAAUGGCUGCGCCAAGUGCAGGUGUCCAGGCGGUGGUAUAAUGUGCACCUGGCCGGACAGCAAGUGUGAGUGCAUCAAUGGGAGGUACUACCUGCCUGGCUCCAAGCAAUGCGUGCGAGAUCCUGAGGACUGUCAAUUCGCCAGCUCAAUAAGACGACGAGAGAUCGAAAGCAGGGCGACAGACGUGAUUUUCGUAGAAGAUGACCUCUGAUGUCCAUCGGGGCGCCUUCAGCCCGCACAGCGCCAAGCAAGUCACCAACGCAGAACAAUAAAAAAAAACUUGAUUUGUCGCAAAUAAACAUGCGCUACAAUU